GCGAGCGUGAAAGGGAGGAGAGAGAGAAACGGAAAGAGAUGGAACGGCAGGAACGAGAGAGGUCGGCACAUCAGGAAGAUCACCCGGCCGACCUCACAAGGAUGAUCGGCUGGCUUACGGCGACCGCCUCGGAGGACUGGUCUUUGGUGCUCGAGGUUUGCGAACGUGCCUCCAGCACACCGGACAAUGCGAGGGAAGCUAUAAGAGCGUUGCGGAAGGAGUUCAAGUAUGCUGAACCUCCAGCGCAACUAUCUGCUGCCAGACUUCUUGCAAUCAUGCUUCGCAAUUCAUCUCCAACGUUCUUGGCUCAUUGCUCGUCUCGGAAAUUCCUUGAUACCUUGGAAGAUGUUUUGACAUCUCCCCGCACAAAUCCAGUCGUGCGUGAGCGCUUGAUGGACGUUCUCGCAGGAGCGGCGUGGAUGUGUUCCCAAGAACUUGACAAUCAAGUCAAGGAACAUCCCGUCGGUUUCUGGAGCGAGAAGGAUGACUUCCGAAGUCUCUGGCGCAGAGUCCGACCUGCAGAUAAACCUGAACAGGGCAUACCUUUUGACACUGAUGAUGCGAUGUUCAAUCCACCCACUCCUCGCCGCCCGUCGUCAUUCGUGCAACCUCCAUCACACCCGCCUCACGAUUACACCCUAGAACCAUAUCAACCGAAUGCAGACCGACCAUCCGUAAACAACCAAACCAAGCCAGUUCAAGGUCACAAGCCCCGCAACAGAAUUAUACCUCCUGACGAGGAUAUCCGACGUUUGUUCCAAGAAUGCAAGGUUGGAAGAGGUAAUGCCGCUCUCCUAUCUGAAGCGUUGGCAUUCGCCAAGCCGGAAGACCUGAAAGAGAAGGACGUCAUCAAGGAGUUUCACCAUAAGUGCACCGCUUCUCAAGAGUUCAUCUUUGCGCAAAUCCCGUGGGCCACGGCCACAGCGGAGCGCUCGCGUAGCAAUCGAGGGCAAGUAGCCGACGGUUACGAGCGUCAAUCCACAGCCGACGGACAGCAGACGUCGAUUACCAGGGAAGAAGAACUCCUUGCAGAGCUUCUCUUCGUUAACGAAGAACUUUUGGCUGUGCUGAGGGUUUAUGAUGAUCUCGUCCGGCUAGGUCAAGAAAGGGAUGCUGAGGAACGGAGCCGAUACGACUUCCGUAUGGAUCGCGCGCAAUUACACCGCGAGCAGCAAGUUAACGGUUACGGUCUCGCUCCACCAUCAAGCACCGGUGCGGGCUCUUCUCGUAGCCCUUCCCCUUCCCUCAGCUCUUCACCAGCAUUCUCGUCGACCAUUCCCCCUGUCAUACCCUCUCAUGCGCACCCCUUGCCUCCCAUACCUGUCGCAAAUGCGAACACGAACAGGGCUCCGGCGCAAGUACACGGCAAUACGUCACCCUCCAUGCCUUUCACCUACCCUCAUACACUGGCACCACCACACGGUCCGCGUCACGGUCCCCGCUCCCCAAUGCAUCGUCCUGCGCGCUCGCGAAGUCCCUCGCUGGAACGCCCGUCGGUGGACUCCCAUACGCACUCCAGGACGAGCUCCUCCUUGAGCGGCCCUCCGAAUGGGCUGGGAAGGUUGGACGUUCAAGGACAGUCGGUCUACGAUGGAGAUUCCAGCUCUAGCGAGGAAGUUUAUACGCCAAUGAAACCAAGCGAAAAGGCGCUAGGCAAACGCCGCCUGGAAGAUCCGCCGACUCCCGAACGUGCCCAGGACGAGUUCUUUCCAGGGGAUCCAGAUGACGCAUCGCAAUUCGAGCACUAUCAGGAGGAAGCUCGACCUUCGUGGAGCACCCCAAUUCAUUACGUUUAUGAUGCUGCUGCCGAGCGGACAGAGCAACGCAUCAGACAAGGACAAGCUGCUCUGGUGACGGGCGUGCGCUAGGCAUACACAUACAUAGUACAUUAGUUGCUUCAUGUCAACUUCGGCGUAAUAUU